AUGUUUAAUCUUCGGGUCCUCUGCCAAGAUCAUCCUCAACGGACUAUUGCGUUGGUGACUACCGACCAUGUCCUGAUCUUCCACUACAACGCAACCGAUACCGGGGCAAAGACCGCCCCCCGCUGCCAGGUUGAAUUCUCCGACAUCUCAUCCGUGGAUCUUGGCAGCUACCGGCCUCUUGGCGCUGGGUAUGGCACCCUGGGUCUGGUUACAUUGAACGAGGAUGUCUUCGUGUGCGUGGUCACCGGUGCUUCUCAGGCUGCUACUGUGCGGCCUGGAGAAUCCGUGUCCAGAAUCGACAAUGUUGGUUUCUAUUGUCUCAAUCGCCCCGAGUAUGAAUACGGCCUGGACUAUGAGACUGGUUCUCAGUUCGCUGCCGAGGAGCGCACCGUUGGGGACGGGAAGGAAGUGGUGACCGACCAUCCUUUUCUCGCCCUUAAAAAGUUGCUCGGCGAUGGGAGCUUCUACUACAGUCUGGAUUUUAACCUCACUGAUCGCCUACAAAAUCGAGCAGACAAAUCAGCGGCCUUUGAUAUCGACACUUUGGAUGAAGACAUGCUGUGGAAUUCAUACAUGAUCAACCCUCUUUUACUGUUCCGAAGUCAUUUACCACCUUCGGACAAGGCCAAGCUGGAUGCGUCUCAACUUCUCACUUGUGUCAUUCGGGGAUAUUCCGGUACACUCAAGGUUCCUGCAACCAUUUCGAUUCUUCCCCAGGUGAGGACCAAUUUCCCCUCGCUAUUAACCAUCAUCUCGCGGCAAUCGUCUCGGCGUGCUGGCACAAGAUUCAACUCACGUGGUAUCGACGAUGAUGGCAAUGUGGCCAAUUUUGUAGAGACUGAAAUGAUCCUUUGGGUUGCACCAGGAAUCGCCUUCUCAUAUGUACAAGUUCGAGGCUCUGUGCCGAUCUUCUGGGAGCAAGCCCCGGGUCUCAUCCCCGGACAGCAGAAGAUCGAGGUAACGCGGUCAGGCGAGGCUACCCAGCACGCGUUCAAUAAACACUUCGAGACUCUUGAACUGCAAUAUGGUGCGGUUCAUGUGGUUAACCUUCUCAGUCAGCUCAGAAGCGGGGAAGCUGAUCUUACGACCAAAUUUCGAGAGCACAUCUCUCGAAGUUCCCUCAGGCAAAAAGAAGGUUCUGCAACCUCCGGACGCCGUAGUCUACUGCGUGCGACCGAGUAUGAUUUCCUUGCUGAGACCCGAGGUCCCGCUGGAUAUGAAGCGAGUAACCAGAUCAAGUAUGAGCUAGCCGACUCUCUAGAUGGCUUUGCAUACUUUCUGUCGGAAGAUGCGGCUCGCUCCACUACAUCUGCCGCAGAUAAAGAGGAUGUAGCGAACAGUUUUUCGGUCAUCCUGCAGCAGGAAGGAGUCUUUCGUACCAACUGUCUGGAUUGCCUAGACAGAACGAACCUUGUGCAGACCAUCAUCAGUUCAAUGGCAUUGGAGUCAUUUCUAUCGCAGCAGGGCGGAAGGUUGAGCUCGGACAUUCAAAUGCGCCAUUCAACCCUAUGGGCCGAUAAUGGCGAUGCACUUUCCAAAAUUUAUGCAGGAACAGGCGCUCUCAAAUCUUCCUUUACGCGACAUGGGAAGAUGUCCCUCGCGGGUGCUCUUGCGGAUGCCCGUAAAAGUGCAACUCGGCUCUAUGUCAACAACUUCACAGACAAGGCACGUCAGAAAACAAUUGACCUUCUCCUGGGUAGAUUGGCAAAUCAAAUCCCAGUCUAUCUUUAUGACCCAAUGAAUGAUCUGGUCACUGAGGAACUGAGUCGGCGUGCCUCUGAAUAUUCAUCAACUAAACAUAUGCGGCUCUGGGUAGGUACCUUCAACGUGAACGGCCGUGAUGAAGGACCCGGUGCUGAUCUCUCACCGUGGCUAUUCCCCGAAUCCGAUGAAGCUGGCGAGGACCCCACAAUCUUCGCUGUCGGAUUUCAAGAGAUUGUCGAUCUAAGUCCACAGCAAAUCAUGUCAACAGAUCCAAGCACCCGAAAGGUUUGGGAGAAAGCUGUUCAGCAAUGCUUGAAUAACCGCGCAAGGGUGAAUGGAACCAGUAAAUACGUGCUGCUGAGAAGCGGGCAGCUCGUGGGUGCUGCUCUCAUCAUCUUCACAGGUCUUUCGGGAAUCGCUGGCAACAAGGGCGGCUGUGCCAUUCGGUUCGAUUUCUCCAACACGAGCAUAUGCUUUGUCACCGCCCAUCUGGCUGCUGGGUUUGCGAACUACGACGAACGAAACAGAGACUACGAGACUAUUGAUCGAGGCUUACGCUUCCAGAAGAAUCGUUCUAUCGCAGAUCAUGACACUGUGGUCUGGCUCGGGGAUUUUAACUACCGGAUUGGACUAGGAAAUCAAAUCGUGAGGGAUCUCGUCAUGCAACGGGACUAUCAAAAACUUUAUGAUAAUGACCAGUUGAAUCUGCAAAUGAUUGCUGGAAGGGCGUUCCAAUUCUAUUCAGAGGGCCCUAUAAGAUUCGCCCCGACCUACAAAUACGACGUCGGUACAGAUAAUUAUGACACAUCCGACAAGAGCCGUAUCCCUGCGUGGUGUGAUCGGAUUCUAUGGAGAGGAGCGAAUGUUCGCCAAAUCCAAUAUCAGACCGCCGACUUGCGAGUUUCUGACCACCGCCCCGUCUGGUCAAUAUUUGACUGCGUGAUUGACAUUGUCGACCUUGGACUCAAAGACAAGCUGAGACGUUUGCUUUACAAAGAGAAACAGCAUGACGAUCUCUCUAGUUCAGUCCACCUCCUGGACUUAGACGAGGAUGACAGCAUGGCGCAAGUUUCUAUUGCACCAGGAUUGCCACCAGCUAGCUCGGAUCGAACGAGAUGGUGGCUGGAUCAAGGCGCCCCAGUAAAGGCAACAGUGCAGCCACCCGCAGAUAAAUUUGUCCCAAAUCCUGAGCGGAAGUCCAAUCCGUUUUCCUUGGACAACCAACCUGAUUGGGUACCAAACUCGAAUUUGAUGGGAAAGGAAACAGACUCUCGCAAGGAUAGGAAACCCGUGCUUCCUCCGAGGCAAAAAACAUUCGACAGAUCGGAGUCUACGGCAAGUGCAAGUUCGACCAUGAGCAAAUCGCCCCCUGUCGUACCUCGAAAGCCACUCGCACUAACCUCUCGGGGAAUGUCUCAAAGUCCGGUUUCGGGCUCCUCCCAGGAUACAUGGGCAGUAUCUCAGAGCUACACCCGGGCUACGGAUCUUCUUGGUGAUGAUGCAGAGGAACAAAUUGAGUGGAAGCCGCUUCUACCUCUACGAUGA